AUGUCUCGCCAUCCGACGCUGACGUGGCGGCUCCGAACGGAGCAGCGUCGCGGCCAGCAGGAAGGCGGACGUUCUGAGCUGGACCGGGCGCUGAUCCCUUGCUGCGGGGAUAGACUGCGUGCCACGUGUCAGGGGGCGAGAGGGGGAGGGGAAACGGAGGCAGAAACGGCAGGGGAGGAAAACGGGCGACGCGGAGGGGAGGAGCGAGAGAUUGGGAAUGGAUGGAAGGCUGGGAAUGAGUCACUGGAGAGAGAAAGAGUGGGGAUUGGGAGAGGAGAUGCGGACUUGGGUGAUCAGGAAAGCGAGAGGUCAGGGAGGCGAGAGGACCAGUGGGAGAGGAGAUGGAUGAGAGCACAUGGCGAAAGGGAGGAGGUGGCCAGCACCAGCGGUGCUCCGGUGGCGUGUGGAGAGAGGGGCAAGGGAUCAUGGGACGGCGGUACUGAGCGCGUAGCGGGUGAUGCGGCUCAGCCGGGAUGCACAGAGGACGGCAUGUGCGCGUGCGGCCACGUGCGGCUGCUCAUGUUCCCGGGGGAGGGCGCGCUGCCAGUUGGCGACUGGUGGAGGUGGUAUCUGGCCGGGCGGCAACUGGACGCGCAGCAUCCGGGGGAGCAAGGGGUACAGCAGCACAGGGUGGGGGAACUUGGAGUGGAGAAGCAUGGGAUGGAGCAGCGAGGGGAGGAGCACCAUGGGGUGGAGAGAGAGUGCGGGGAGAGGCGACGGGAAUGUGGGGAUGAGAAUGGUUGUGGAAAGUGGGGCGAAGAGUGUUGGGAGAAGGAGAAGGAGCGUGGAAAGUGGGGCGGGGAGUGUGGGGAGGAGGAGAAGGGGCGUGGGGAGUGGGGCGGGGAGUGUGGGGAGGGGUAUGCUGUGACCCUGGUGGUGAUCGAUGGUACGUGGGAGCAUGCCAAAGAGAUGAUAAAGGCCAGUGGAAGCUUCCUCAGGCGCCACUGUGCGAUGGUGUGUCUACCCUUUGACCACGCAUCCCCUGGCCCGCCGCCCGGCCACCUGGGUCUUGUGGUGCGCAAGGAGCCACACAAAGGGGCCGUGAGCACAGUGGAAGCAGUAGCACGGGCCUUGGAUGCGCUUGAAAAGGAUGUGCCUGAGUGGGAUGGGGAUGGAGAGAGGGUGGAGAGGAAAAGCAAGGAUAUGAUAGUGCAUAUGUGUGAUAAAAGCAGUGGAUUGAAUUGGGAAAAUGGGAACCCAGCCAGCCAAGGUCAGGCGCCUCAAAAGUUGACCAUGACUCACUGCUCCCUCUCUCCCUUCGCUCUACGCGCCCUCUCCGUGCCUUCCUUUGUCUCGCCACCUUCACACCUGUUUGUCUUCCCCUUCUGCUGCUCCCACGCCAGUCAGACGUACAUCAACGGCCGGCCAGUGGCGCUCGUGUGUUCCCCCAAACAUCUCCCCCGCACCUUUCCCUCACCCUCUCAAAACACCUCCCCCCCUCCCCACCCCUUCUUUCUCCCCCGCUCGGCCGCCCGCAAUCAGAUCUCGGGGUCGCUCUACUUCUGGGCGGCAGCUCUCGCCGGCCCAAAGCACGGCCCCUUUGCCGCCUGGAUCACCGUAAGGGUCCCCCCCCUCACCCUCCCUCCCUCCCUCUUGCCCGGAUCACCUGUCCUUUCAACCUCCUCCCUACUUGCCUGGAUCACCGUGAGUGCCCUCCCUACGUUCUUCCCUUUCCCUCCCCUCGCCUGCCUGGAGCACCGUGAUUUCCCUCUCUCUCUUAGUGCCCUUCACCCCCUCCCCCCCUCUGCCUGGAUCACCGUGAGUGCCUGUUCCCCCUUAGUGCCAUUCAUUCAUUCCCUCCUCACCCCUGCUGCGUGCCUGGAUCACCGUGAGUUCCCUCUCCCUCCUCCCUCGCUUUACUUGCCUGGUGCCGAUGUGCUUAUUCCUAUGCCCAAGUGCCUUGCCAAGUGCUUACCCUCGCGCUUAUACUUAUACCCUCUUGUCUCUUUCCCAGGUCUGGGCUGGUUGGAGUUCUUUGGCAUAUCUGUGGGGCUGGGCGGCGUGGCCUUUGGGGGGGUGCAGCUGCUACAGUACACCAUCUAUGCUGCUACAGGGGGUGCUAAUAACGGGGGCUACUUCCUCAGCAGCUACGAGUGCUUUGGGAUCACGGCGGGCGUGCUUAUAAUGGGGGGACUGCUCACCUCGCUGCCGAUUCAAGUGAUUGGAAGAAUCAACGUCUUCACUGCAGUCUGGCAGAUGGUGUCAACGCUCGUGAUCACCGUGCUGCUGCCGUGUGUGUCUAUAGUGCUCACACUCGUGAUCAUCGUGCUGCUGCCAUGUGUGUCUGUCACCACCCAGCCUGCUUCCUUUGUCUUCACGCACUACCAUGUGCAGCUCGACCAGAGCCACCUGCCCAAUGCGGCGUACGCCUUUGUGGUGGCCCUUCAACUCCCCCUCUACGGCCAGUACAGCUACGACACUGUAGCACACAUGGCAGAAGAGACAAAGCACGCCGACCGCACGAUCCCACUAGCCAUGGUCUCAUCCCUCUCAUGUGUGUGCGUGCUGGGGUGGGGGCUGCUCGUAUCCCUCACCUUCUGCAUCGAGAAUGACGAUCGGCUGUUGGGCACGGACAACGAGACGCGGGGCGAGUACCCAGUGGUGCAGAUCAUAUGGGACGUGUUCUUCCACCGUGCGAGAGAGAGGGGGAGGGUGCUCAUAUGGGAUGUGUUCUUGCACCGAGAGAGGGAGGAGGGGCCUUGGUGGUACCUGGGCGGUUGUCAUCCUCUGCUGCAUGUCCUCGCUGUUCAUUCCUCACAUUCCCAAUCUCCUCACCUCCCCAAUCUCCUCACCCUCCCCAAUCUCCUCACCCUUCCUAAUCUCCUCACCCUCCCCAAUCUCCUCACCCUCCCCAAUCUCCUCACCCUUUCCAAUCUCCUCACCUUCCCAGUCUCCUCACCUUCCGCUACCAGCUGUGGCAGCGGCACGGGAGCAGUCAUCAUCCUCUGCUGCAUGCCCCUCUCUUUGCAUUCACCACAUGACCAAUCUUCCAUCCCCUCACCCCCCCACUUCCCACCCGCCCACCUUCCGCUACCAGCUACGGCAGCGGCACCCGACUACGGCAGCGGCACGGGAGCAGUUAUCAUCCUCUGCUGCAUGUCGCUCGCUUUCUUCCUUGGCGUUGUGGGUGGCCUCAUGGGGGCAUCCCGAGCGGCCUUCUCCCUCUCGCGCGACUCUGGUCUCCCCUUCGCCUCCCUGUGGCGUCGGGUCAAUCGCGACCGCACGCCCAUCUACGCUGUGUGGCUGUGCUGCGGCAUCUCCAUCCUCUUCGCCCUGCCUCUCCUAGACGACUCCAGCACCUUCCAUUUCAUCACCUCCCUCGCCACCGUCGCGUGGGUCGGCAGCUACGCCGUGCCAAUCUUCUUUCGGCUUAUCCAAAAAGACGAGGAUUUCGAGCCUGGAGCGUUCAACCUGGCUGACUAUGUCGGUCACACGGGAAGGCGACUCAUCAACCUUGCAGCGCUCCUCUUUGUCAUCUACACCAUCGCAACCUUCCUCGUCCCCGUCGACUUCCCCAUCACUCCAUCAAACUUCAACUAUGCAUGUGUGGGAAUCAUCUGCCUCGUGAUUUUCUUCUGCUCCUGGUGGUUGUUGGACGCCAGGCAUUGGUUUGUAGGCCCGUACCAAAAACAGCAGAGCUCCACGCAAAGAAUGUCAAAGUACACUGCUGGACGCUUGUUCAUGUAA